CUCUAUCAAAUCUGACUAAUUUUCAUCUACGAACCGUCCGUUCCCCUUCUAGAAUUCCGCGAUCUGGACCAAAUCACUGUUGAAUCAAGGCGCGCCACGAUCAAUCCGGAACUAGUACUAAUCGCAGGCAAGUAAAUUAGCCAUGCUUUUCUCCGCGGCCGGUGGUUGCGUUGCAUCACGGAGGAGAAGAUAACCAUGUGCUCCGCCGGAUUCAUCCAUGUUGCCGCCCAAUCCAAAGAACCUUCCUUCCAUGUCGCCUGCAAUUCCCCCCUCCUCCGCUCGCAGUCAAAGGUCAAACGCCUCCUCCCCUUACAAAUCCGCCGCCACGGUUGUCCCAUUGUCCUUGUGCAUUCCGCCACGCGCGAGCCACCCGACUCGCCGCGACGUCCUCCCCUCUCCCCUUCCCCCGACUCCCCCGACUCCGAAUCCGGCCUCCUCGGGACCCCAGCUCGGUUAAAUCUUGCGAUCGACCGGACCAGCCAUGGAGCCGCCGGCCGCCGCUACCACGCGGCAGCAGCCGGGCUUCUUCACGUUCCUGAAGCACGGCGCCGUCGUCCCGGCCCGGAACGCCGCGCUCUUCGCGCCGCUCCUCGCCCUCACGGCCGCGCUCGCCGCGGCGCUGCUCCUCGGCAACGCCCUCGCCGUGCAGCCCCUGGCGGCCGCCGUGCUGCUCGACGCCGACGCCAUCAGCCGCGCCGACCCGGAGACCGCGGCGUACCGGAACCUCGUCCGGGCGCUCCGGCACGACCUUCGGAGCCUCCUGCUCGCCGCCGGCGGGUGCCUCCUCGGCGCCGUCGUGGCCGGCUCUGCCAUCAAGAUCACCACCGUCUUCGCCGCCGUCUCCGCCUUCCCCUCCUCCUCCUCCUCCUCCUCCGGCGGCGCAACCGUGUCCGCGGCCGCGGGCGCGGCCAAGGGCAACCUCUGGGGCCCGGUCCUGACCAUCGCGUUCGGAUACGCCCUGGAGCUCGCCUGCGCGGCCUCCAUCGUCGCCCUCGCGGUGCUCGCCGUGGCGCUCCUCGACUACUCCCUCCUGUUCCUCUUCCUCGACGCGCUGCUCGUGCUCCUCGCCUCGCUCUUCCUCGUCUACCUCACCGUCGUCUGCGCGGUCGCCGUGGUCGUCUCGGCCGCCGAGCCCGGGCGCCGCGGCGCGGGCGCGGUGUCCCGCGCGUGGCGCCUCAUGCGGGGCCGCGGCGCGCAGGCCGCGCUCUACGUGGUGGCCACCUUCGCGCUCGGCGCCGCGGUGUCGCCCGUGUACACGCUCGCGCUCCGCUGGUGGCCGCGGAGCGCCGCGGGCGGGGCCGCCGCCGGCGCCGCCUACGUGCUGCUGCUGGGCGCCGUGGAGGUGUUCUCCACCGCCGCCGUCACGGCCUACUACUUCGAGUGCAGAGAGAGCACGGAGGAAGAGGAGGAGAUCAGGGCUGGCAUCCGGUACACCAAGCUGCCCAAUGGAGACGAAGCAAACAUCUGACCAAAAAUCCAUUAUUUUCCCCUUCUUUUCACAAAUUCUUUGGACGGCGUGUAUUGUUGAUGCUAAUGCUAUUGAUUGUUUGGGUAAUUGUGGUUGCGAGGUAGUAGAACACAUCAUAGCGUGUAAAUUGAGAAAUUAUAAGCUACAUUUGCCUCUGACA